AUGGACCUGAAAAACAUUUCAAACGUGAAAAGCGGCAAAAAAGUAAGGCUAUAUUUUCAUUUUUCACAAGUGGUCGAAAAACAGCAAAAAAGUAAGGCUAUAGCCUUCGUCCAUUUUUAGCGAUUUUUUCCAUUUUGCAUAAGAGGGCAAAAAACAGCAAAAAAGUAAGGCUAUAGCCUUCGUCCAUUUUUAGCGAUUUUUCCAUUUUUCCAUAAGUGGCCAUAAAACAGCAAAAAAGCAAGGCUAUAGCCUUGGUCCAUUUUUAGCGACUUUUUUCAUUUUUCAUAAGUGGGUAAAAAACAGCAAAAAAGUAAGGCUAUAGCCUUAACGUUUCGUCCAUUUUUAGCGACUUUUUUCAUUUUUCGUAAAGGGACAAAAAACAGCAAAAAGGUUAGAUGCUGUUCUUGUUUGCCUGCGAAUAGAUUGUAUAUUUGUCGAUACUUGUACCCAAGCCAUUGUUUGUUUUGUUGUUCUGGGUGCAAUGAAAUCCGGCAUAAAUCCUGGGGGUCUAAAUGUUCAGUAUAUUCAGACAUUCGAUCUAUUUUCUGUUCACUAGACUUUGAUAGCUUGAACGAAAGUUUAUAACAAUAAUUUUCUUUGCAAAAACUGUACUUUCGAAAUUCGUCAGUUUCUGAAUUUGAAAACCGAUCACACGCACUACAAGUGCAGCAACGCAACAGUUUAGACAUGGUCAUGAGGCAGGAUGUUGUGCAAGAAAAGCUUUGCCAGAGUUUUGUCUUUCGAAAUAAACGAUUGGAAAUUGCUGUUUGAUUCUUUGUAAUAUAUCUUAUCGCUUGUUAGUAAAAAAGAAAUUUGUCACUUUCCUCAUCUCCAAACCUUUUUUCAAAAAAAAACUGGCAUCGUUUUUCUUGGGGUUAGGGGGUACAAAUGGUACCCAUAGCUUAGAGGGUGCAAAUGGUACCCGUAAGAAGACUUGGUGGAAUCAUGUUGGUCGUUUGGAUCGGCGAGAAUAAGAGAAUUGUGGUGGCAAAGUUUUUUCAAACAUUUUCUCUCCCGUAGUAAGGUAAAAUCAAAUCAAAUCAAAUCAAAAAUCAAAUCAAAUUUUAUUAAUAAAUACAUAAACAGUCUGUAUAUACAAUACUAUCCGCUAAUAGCAAAGCUAAUCGGGGCGGAUAGUAGAAUGAGAUUAAAUAAGAAUUAUAGAUAUGCUCGGUUAUAAUAUAAAGUGGCGCAGUAUACUGACAGCACAAAGCAUCAUUUUCACAAAGAAGAAUUCCCUAUUAAUUUCCUAUUAAUUUCGAAGGAUGUACUAUUUUCCAUGCUUACUCAUAUAUCUAAUUAAUGUGGGCACAUCAGCAUAAUCGUCCUCAAUCUCAAGUAUGGUUAAAAGACUUUUCUGAAUUUUCAAAUUGAAAUUUUUUCUACCCAACUCUCGAACAUCAGUGGGAAUACUAUUCCAAAUUUUAACACCUGAUUUUACAAAGGAUGUGAUAGUUGUAGUUAGUUUUGAGUAUUCAACAUAAAAAUUAUUUGAUACACAAUGUCUAGUGUUAUAAGUAUGGACUUCUUUUGAUUGGAUAAAACAAUCGGAGAUCGAGCAUGUAUUUAUUUUCCUGGUAGCCGGUCUUACUUCGUGAAAAAACAGUCCGCUACCAGUGACUAGGUCCCCUCUCUUAUGGCGGUCAUUGCGGCUCAAUGUAUUCUCAAUGGAACACAAAGGUAUUCAGGCAUGUAGAGGUAUUCUUUUUCAGGGUGGUUGCAUGCGGAUAAGAUGGUCCGUCGCGUGCGCAAAAUAGUUAGGGAGAUAGACAGUUUAGAAGCGCAAUGAACACUCGCACGAAAUGUAAAAAUAAAAUGGCUUAACAAAAUUGCGAAAAAACAAAAAAUGACAACUUUGCCAUUUUGAGCGUCCGCAAUAGGGCGUGCGCAUGCACAAAGUUUUCUCACAGGAUGUCCUGGUUUUAACAUAAAUAAUAAAAAGAAGUGUCCGUGGUCGGGGCUGAAUAGUACUGUGGAAGAUUGGGUUGGAAAAUUUACAAUUAAGAUCUGUAUUUUCGGACAAUUAUUACUCUUUGAAAAAUAGUAUCCUACUGAUGUAAAAUAACAUCUAAAGGGUUUGGCAACAAUGAUGUUAGCCCUAAAGUUUAUUUCAUAAAAUGAUUUAUCUUUGAAAAUACUGAAUUACAAGACAGUUUAAAAAAAUUUCGAGUAAAAGUUUAAUAAUAAUUGAAUUGAUAAGGCCAUUUCCACUCAAGAAAAUUUGGGGCUAAUGUAAGCCACUUAAUGCAUAUGUCGUUCUUUGUCUUUCAUUUGAAGGAAAAAUACCAAACUCUCUUAACGUCUUUGUUGCCAGCAGUUGUGUAACUUUCAUGAAAAAAUCAAAGUCUUGAGGUUUUGUUUUACUUAUAUAACUAACAUGUUUUUUUGGUUUUCAACAAAGUAAUAAUGGUCUAGAAAUACAGAUUUAUAUUUGCACAUGUUAGUAAGUUUCUUCUGUAACUGCACAAUUAUUGCAAAAUUGUGCGCUUAUCACACUAUUAAAAUUAGUAAGGUCUGUGAACAUUGUGGCACAACUGCUUGUUCCCAUGCAUAAAUUUUUAACUAAUUUUUGGGAUUGGAUUUAUUCAAAUUUGAGAUGAUUUUGAACACAUAUUGGUACCAAUGCUAUCAUUAUAUAUGAGUAAAAUAUUGUUCGUUUAUACAUUGUUCAAGUUUUUAUAGCUUUUAUUGUUUUAACAGUCGAAAUAUAUGUUGAUUUUGUUGAAUUAUUUGUUAAUUAUUCGUUCAUUUUAUGCAUGAUGAAACCCGAAAUUUAUAGUUUGAUGGUCACAACAAAUUUGAGCAUAUAAAAAUGUGUAAAAUUGUGCACCAAAACACUAGCUGUAAUAUUUGAACUCGCUAGAACACAACUAGUUUUAAAUACGUUUGAAUUGAAUUUCAUACAUGCAGUAUUUCAAAUGUUGUGAUUGAUUAUCUGUUUCAAAACUUUUGAAAUCAUGCAUACAGCUAUUUCAAUAUUAUGGUUGUCCAACAGCAAAGCGAAAAAGUCGAAUACGUGCGCGCAAGGCUGCUGCGCGGGAAUCGCUAACAACUGAGUCGUCAGUCAGGAACCUUGUCAGCCUUUCGCGCUCGUAUUCGACUUUUCCGCUUUGCUGUUGGACAACCUUAAUAUUGAAAUAGCUGUAUGCAUGAUUUCAAAAGUUUUCAAACAGAUAAUCACAACAUUUGAAAUACUGCAUGUAUGAAAUUCAAUUCAAACGUAUUUAAAACUAGUUGUGUUCUAGCGAGUUCAAAUAUUACAGCUAGUGUUUUGGUGCACAAUUUUAACAUUUUUAUAUGCUCAAAUUUGUUGUGACCAUCAAACUAUAAAUUUCGGGUUUCAUCAUGCAUAAAAUGAACGAAAAUUAACAAAUAAUUCAACAAAAUCAACAUAUAUGUCUACUGUUAAAACAAUAAAAGCUAUAAAAACUAGAACAAUGUAUAAACGAACAAUAUUUUACUCAUAGAAUGAGUAGCAUUGGUACCAAAUUGAUGUGUUCAAAAUCAUCUCAAAUUUGAAUAAAUCCAAUCCCAAAAAUUAGUUAAAAAUUUAUGCAUUGGAACAAGCAGUUGUGCCACAAUGUUCACAGACAAUUCACAGUACUAUUUGGUUUGUGGGUUCAAAUCCCAAAACACUUAAUUUUUUAUUUAUAUAAAAAAAGGAUCCGAUGGAUAAAAUAAAUCCUUUUUUAAAAAGGAUGCGAUGGAUCCAAAGGAUCCGAUGGAUUAAUAGAUAGAUUAAUCCAUCGGAUCCUUUGGAUCCAUCGGAUCCAUCGGAUCCUUUGGAUCCAUCGGAUCCAUCGGAUCCUUCGGAUCCAUCGGAUCCAUCGGAUCCUUUGGAUCCAUCGGAUCCUUUGGAUCCAUCGGAUCCUUUGGAUCCAUCGGAUCCUUUCGAUCCAUCGGAUCCUUUGGAUCCAUCGGAUCCUUUUAAUCCUUUGGAUCCAUCGGAUCCUUUGGAUCCAUCGGAUCCUUUGGAUCCAUCGGAUCCUUUGGAUCCAUCGGAUCCUUUGGAUCCAUCGGAUCCUUUGGAUCCAUCGGAUCCUUUGGAUCCAUCGGAUCCUUUGGAUCCAUCGGAUCCUUUGGAUCCUUUUAUCCAUCGGAUCCUUUGGAUCCAUCGGAUCCUUUGGAUCCAUCGGAUCCAUUGGAUACUUUUUUAUAAAUAA